CAACGUUUACAAAGUGGUAAAUUUGCUUUGAUACCAACUGUAUGGGAUAAGUUUAUUCGAAAUAGUCAGAGUUGCUACAAACCACAUUGCAAAUAUUAUAAAUUGACAAACAACUCUUUCCAUCUAAAGCCGCAUGCAGAUUUAUUCGAUAUUUGCCGAAUAAACCUGACAAAUUUGUCAUUAACUGUUACUACAUAACACUAGGGAUUUCUAUUGUAAGAAAGUAAUAAAUCAAUAAAUAUAAAAAUAUUCUGUUAUUACGUUUUGUUUUUUCUUUUUUUUUUUUUUUUCUUUAAAGACCAAGUCAUUUCGACUGGUUUUGGUAGAAAUAGCUUCGUCUGGGCUG